AUGCUGGCGACCGUGGCGGCGCUGGCUGUGCUCCCGGCGCUGCUCGGGCUGCUGCCACUGCCGGCGGCAGCGACCAUCGUCCAUCUGCUGGAGUGGAAGUUCGCGGACAUCGCCAGGGAGUGCGAGCAGUUCCUUCCGCAUUGGGGCUACACUGCUGUGCAGACAUCGCCGGUGAGCGAACACUUGUGGCUACCAGAACGAGGCCACCCCUGGUGGGAGCGCUACCAACCAGUGUCGUAUCACAUUGCAUCACGCUCUGGAGAUCGUGCGGAAUUCCAGGAGAUGGUGCGACGCUGCAAUGCUGCUGGAAUCAGUAUUUACGUUGAUGCAGUUCUGAAUCACAUGACUGCAGUGUGGGGAAACAUAACAGGAUCUGGAGGUUCAUUUGCUGACACAGAAGCUCGAAAGUAUCCUGCUGUGCCGUAUGACACAAGUAAUUUUCAUGAACCAUGUAACAUGACCUUGGCAGACUAUGGAGAAAAUGCUAAGCCUAUUCGAAUGUGUCGUCUCAGUGGAAUGCAUGAUUUGGACCAUCGACAACCAUAUGUUAGACAGAUGAUUGUGGCUUUUCUUAAUAAACUUAUUGAUGAUGGAGUAGCCGGUUUCAGAAUUGAUGCUGCAAAACAUAUUUGGCCAACAGACUUGGCAUUGAUACUUGACAAACUGAAGAACCUGAAUACAGAACAUGGAUUUCCUGAAGGACAGAAGCCAUUCAUAUAUCAGGAGGUUAUUGAUCUCAGUGCACCAUUGUACCGUGGCUGGGAAUCUGUAAAGAAAACAGAGUACAUCAGCCUUGGAAGAGUGACAGAGUUCAAGUAUGGAGAAGAAAUAAGCAAAACAUUUAGAAGACAGAAUGCACUGAAGUGGUACAAGACAUUUGGUCCAAAAUGGUCAUUACUGGACAGUGAGGAUGCUAUUGUGUUUAUUGACAACCACGACAACCAGCGUGGCCAUGGUGGAGGGGGCGCUACCAUCCUCACCCACAAGUCACGACAACUAUACACAAUGGCAGUUGGGUUUAUGCUGGCAUGGCCCUAUGGCAACUUCACAGAUUCAGACGACGGCCCGCCUUCGGACCCGUCAGGUGACAUACGGACCGUGGCUUGGGACGCGCAGGGACAGUGCACCGGCGGCUGGGUGUGCGAGCAUCGCUGGCCCGCCAUCCGGGGCAUGGCACAGUUCCGCCGCGCCGUCCUGGGAACAAAUGUGACGAACUGGUGGGAUAAUGGAGGAUAUCAAAUAGCAUUCUGUCGUGGAGAUAGAGGCUUCGUUGUGUUCAACAACGAGCUAACGAACAUGAACGCAUCAUUACAGACGUGUCUUCCAGCGGGAACCUACUGCGACGUGGUCUCCGGUGGCGGGACAUGCGCCGGUGAGAUACUAAAAGUCACAGCAAAUGGCUCCGUACGAGUACAGCUACAACCGCACAGCUUCCUAGCUAUACACGUCGAUUUAACGCUGUGACUUGGAAUUAAUGAAGUGCAGCAGUAAUGACGUUCUUUUGGAUCAACGUCAUUACGAGAAGAUCUGAAGAAGUGUUACAUUUUAAAUAUUGUAUCUACAUAACUCAGAGUUCUGAAACGUACGCUGCG